AUGUUCGAGAAUCUUUGCACACUGCCGCUGCAGUCGGAUGUGUUCACGACGGCCUUGCACCCUACCGAGCCUCUGUUAACCGUGGGCUUAUCGAACGGCCAUGUAGAAACAUUCCGACUGCCGCCCAGCAGUGCUUCUGAUGAGGACGAUGCGGACGCUGACACAAGCGUGUUAAGCGAUGGCAAAGGCAUGGUGGACACGGUCUGGAAAACGAGGAGACACAAGGGAAGCUGCAGAUGCUUAGCUUAUAGUCAUGAUGGCCAGGCAAUGUAUUCUGCCGGUACCGACUCUCUAGUCAAAUACUUUGAUGCAAACAACGGAAAGGUUAUUUCGAAAUCCUUCAUCCCAACCACUACCUCCGUCCCCGACGCCCCGACGCUAUUACAUGUUCUCAACCCCCAGAGCCUUUUGCUGGCGACUGACUCUGGUGCCCUGCACAUUGUCGAUUUGCGAGACGGCGCGCCAGGGAAGAAACCUGCGCAGACCCAUUUCCCCCAUUCCGACUACGUCUCAUCGAUCACGCCUCUGCCUCCUUCAGAAGAAAGCACGAGCGGAUUCUCGAAACAAUGGGUCAGCACAGGUGGCACGACACUAGCAGUGACUGACGUUCGUCGAGGCGUGUUGGUACGUAGCGAAGACCAAGAAGAUGAACUUUUGAGCGCUUGUUUUAUGCCCGGGAUGGGACCCAAGACCAAACGCAACAACGGUGUCAUCGCAAUCGGCUCUGGUAGCGGUGUCCUCACCAUCUGGGACAAGGGAUCAUGGGACGACCAACAAGAGAGAAUCAUUGUCGACGGCGGGAAAGGAGGAGGCGAAAGCAUCGAUGCCAUGGUCAGAGUUCCGCAGGAAAUGGGCCUUGGCAAGAAAGUCGUUUGCGGCGUCGGUGACGGCAGUCUACGUAUCGUCGAUCUCGUUCGGAGAGAAGUCGACAGGUCCAUCAAUCUACGACAUGAUGACAUGGAAGCUGUUGUAUCACUGGGUUUCGACUGCGGCAACAGACUCAUCAGUGCUGGAGGCAAAACCGUCAAAGUAUGGGAAGAACUGUCGGAAUUACAAGGCGGAGACAGCGAUGAAGAUGAGGACCAAGACGAUGAGGACGAUGACGAAGAAGAAAACAUCAACGGCAAGCGACCAGCUGUUGAUGGCAGUGACGAUGAGGACGACGACAGUGAAGAUGACGGCGUGGAGGAAAUGAAGCGACGAGCUAAGCGCCGCAAGGAGAUUCAGAAGAGCAAGCUUGGGCCAAUGGGAGCACAUGGGGUUAUGGGCUUCGAUGGGCUCGACUAG